AGCGCGAGUCCUGAGCCCUAACCCCACGCCUCCCACCCCAAAUCGAAAACUCUCAGUCUCAGCCUCUCACAAUCGCGCUCUGCCGCUCUCCUCUCAGAGUCGCACUCUCCUCGGUCGCGCUCUCCUCUCUACAAUGGCGCUCUCCUCUCUCGGCGGCGAACCCACGUUCCUCCCAGUCUGCCACCACGUUCUUCGCGGACAAAGCACCACGAAGCCCCAGCCACAGCCUGAAUGACCCUCGCACACAGCAGUAGCAGCCUAGCAGAGCGCGACCCUCAUCCCUCGCACCCAGCGCCAGCAGUAGCAGAGCGCGACCUUCAUCCCUCGCACCCAGCAACACCAAUUACCGAUUCAAGUCUCCCACCCACUGAUUCAACACAGCACCCAGCCACCCACCAGUCACCGAUUCAACAUAGCACCCACGUUCCUCCCAGUCUCCCACCCAGCCACCGAUUCAAGUUAGGCAUGGAGCCCGAGUCACCGAGUCAGUUUGAUGUCAGUUUAAGUGAAAAUAUGGGCGACACUGGAUUGUCGCCAGUUCCUCUGCCGAAUGAAUCAACUAGCAUCAGAUCUCCAAGUGCAUUGCCUGCUGUGCCAGCUCCUCAUAGAAACACAAGGAAGCUUGCUAGUAGAGGUCGAGGGAAAACUUUGUGAACUUUUAAACUUCUUUAAUUGUUGUAUUUGAAUUCCUUUUGUUGUUAAAUUUCAUUAGAUCAAGACUUUGUUAGCUAUUGUGUAUUUAUG